AUGAACGAUCUUCUUAAGGGUUCGUUUGAGCUUCCACGAGGUCAAUCUUCUAGAGAAGGAGAUGUCGAACUAGGUGAGCAAGGAGGAGAUCAAGGGUUAGAAGAUUUCUUCAAAAAGGUUCAAGAAAUUGACAAACAAUAUGAAAAGUUAAAUAAGCUUCUAAAGAAACUUCAGGCUGCCCAUGAGGAGUCAAAGGCUGUGACCAAAGCUCCUGCUAUGAAGGCAAUAAAGAAGAAAAUGGAGAAAGACGUUGAUGAAGUUGGAAGUAUUGCUCGUUUCAUAAAGGGGAAACUCGAGGAGUUAGACAGAGAGAACUUGGCAAAUAGACAAAAACCUGGGUGUGCGAAAGGAUCUGCUGUGGAUCGGUCAAGAACAUCAACGACACUUUCCUUAAAGAAGAAGUUGAAAGACAAGAUGUCCGAGUUUCAGGUUCUACGAGAGAACAUCCAACAAGAGUACCGCGAGGUUGUUGAAAGGCGUGUUUUUACAGUAACUGGCCAGCGAGCGGAUGAAGAUACUAUUGACGAAUUGAUUGAAACUGGAGACAGCGAACAGAUCUUCCAGAAAGCGAUUCAGGAGCAAGGAAGAGGACAGGUAAUGGACACCUUGGCGGAAAUCCAAGAACGUCAUGAUGCUGUCAGGGACUUGGAAAAGAAACUUCUUGACUUGCAACAAAUUUUCUUGGAUAUGGCAGUUUUGGUUGAUGCACAAGGAGAAAUGCUUGACAACAUAGAAUCUCAGGUGUCAAGUGCAGUAGAUCACGUGCAAUCAGGAAACACGGCACUUCAAAGAGCAAAGAGCUUACAGAAGAACUCAAGAAAAUGGAUGUGUAUUGCAAUCAUCAUCCUCCUCAUUGUGGUUGCGGUGAUCGUCGUUGGUGUUCUCAAGCCUUGGCAAAACAAGAAUGCUUGA